CGGGGGUUUUAAUGAUAGGUGCCAUAUUCAGGACACAGAAAUUUGUUUCCAUUCUUUAUGUUCUUCCCUAUUCACCCUCAAGCAGGUAACCAGGGGACGAGAACAGUAAGAUUGCAUUCAGAGAAGUCUUCCGGAAACCUUACUCUGCGUCUUCCCACAGUAAAGAUGGCGGCGCCCUGAGUAUAAACUACCGGUAACACCACUUCCGCAUUUCUCUUGUCCCUGGUCCAAGAUGGCGGACGAAGCCACCCGACGCGUGGUGUCUGAGAUCCCGGUGCUGAAGACUAACGCUGGACCCCGAGAUCGGGAGUUGUGGGUGCAGCGACUGAAGGAGGAAUACCAAUCUCUUAUUCGGUAUGUGGAAAACAACAAGAAUGCGGACAAUGAUUGGUUCCGACUGGAGUCCAACAAGGAAGGGACUCGGUGGUUUGGAAAAUGCUGGUACAUCCAUGACCUCCUGAAAUACGAGUUUGACAUUGAGUUUGACAUUCCUAUCACAUAUCCUACUACUGCUCCAGAAAUUGCAAUCCCUGAGCUGGAUGGAAAGACAGCAAAGAUGUACAGGGGUGGCAAAAUAUGCCUGACUGAUCACUUCAAACCUUUGUGGGCCAGGAAUGUGCCUAAGUUUGGAUUAGCUCAUCUCAUGGCUCUUGGGCUGGGUCCAUGGCUGGCAGUGGAAAUCCCUGAUCUGAUUCAGAAGGGCGUGAUCCAGCACAAAGAGAAAUGCAACCAAUGAAGGAGCAGGCCACUGGGCCAAAGGACCUUUGAUAGGCUGCCUUCCUCUUUUCCUGUGCACCUUACUUAUCCGCCUGCUUCCCCCUACACCCUAUACCCCUAGUUGUUACUAAGUAGCUGUGGCAGGCCUAGCUGAAAAGAAAAAACAAAAACUAAAACACAGAACAGUAUUGCUACUGAGUAUCUAAGGCUGCACAGGGAAGAGACUGGACUGGGCCUUGGAAAAUCAAGAGGUAAUUUGUAUCCCUUCCCCAUGUGGAACAAUGUGAGACCCUGGAGGCACAGGAGAUAAAUGAAAGUACAUGCAUAGCCUUUCUGGUUUCUGGAGACAACCCAUCAAUAAAAGCUGCUUCCUCUGGUAGCCUGUGGUUCUCAUUGGUGGC